GAUUCACUGUGAUGAAAGUAUCUAAAGAUAGUGUUUUUCAUACAUCGACGUAUAUAAGCAAUGGCUAUUGCAAUGUCGAAAUGAUAGAAGAUGGCAAGUUGCGUUAGCACAGUGUUACUGCUGCUAUCUUGUCUCUCAUUUUUAAGUUUAUAUUUUUGUGAAGAUGAAACCCACCGAAAAUACUACUCAGGGUAUCUUGGUAACGAAGUGGAUUGCCCUGAUAUGCCUUCCAAAGAUUGUUUUGAUGUUGUUGAUUCUGAAAUAGAUUUGUGCUUCAAGGAAUGCUUAGAAGAAAACAAGCCAAGUAAUUCUCCCCUUGAACAAUCGCCAAAUGAAACUAAACCCACCAAUGGCACGACAAUCAAAAGUGUUACAAAUGAAUGCCGGGGUUGCAAUAAUCCAAAAGUUAUCAUGAAAACACAAAAAUGGCAAAUUAUUCAAAUGGUAUUCGUGGGAGUUGUGGCGUAUUUCCUUGGAGUAUUGACUGGCAUGAUGAAAGACAAGAUGAGAAAAGUUGUUGAAAAGCUAUUUUCCACAAUCCGUCACCGUUUAUUCGUUUCCCGCCAAGAAAAAGAAACUGCCGUUUAGAGCGAGAAACGCUUGGUUUUGAAGUGUCUUUUCCGUUCUUGACAAACAAUUUCAUUUAGUUUUACCCACGUCGGUGUCAUCUUACCACAAUUUAAGUGUAAAUUAAAAAUUAAUAAAAUAUGUCUUAAUUUAUUUAUUCGAAAUAAAAUUUCUCAAGUCACUCCAUUACUUCAUGUUACCACUUAUAUCAAUUGUGUUCAUUUUGCGAAUGAGUGAAUAAAGUCACUUUAUUAAAUGAUGCUAUUUUGUUUUUAUUUUCUAAAUUAGCAGUGGCUUCUAUUUGAAAUAUUUAAACAUUUUUUGAAGUAACUCAACUUUGUGAAAUCAAUUCAAUACCUGAUUAUGAAAUAUGUGAACGAUUUAUGAUUGUGUUUGAGGAGACUAGCUGAGCGUUCAAUUUCUUGAAAAUGGUCAUCUAUCCUGUUGUCUUAAAUGUUAUAUUUUCAUUAUGUGGAUUUCUUCUUACGCUAAGAAUAAUUCCAGCCAUGAAAGAAAUGUUUAUAAUAGCAGGAUUAAAGGGAAAAGAUCUAGGAAAGAAAGAGAAACCUGUUAUUCCUGAGGCAGUCGGUGUGCUAUGUGGUGCAGUGUAUUUAAUAUGUUUAUUCAUUUUUAUACCGUUUCCUUUUUGGUCAAAAUGGUGGGAAAAUGGCUCUUUAGUAUUUCCACAUCAUGAGUUUGUUGAAUGGAUAGCAGCAUUGUUAUCCAUUUGUUGUAUGAUUUUUCUUGGAUUUGCUGAUGAUGUACUAAAUCUACGAUGGCGACAUAAACUGUUACUUCCUUCAAUGGCAUCACUUCCAAUUCUCAUGGUUUAUAUUGUUAAUUAUGGAUCUACAACUGUCAUUGUCCCUAAACCUUUAAGGUUAUUUUUAGGUACAACCGUCAAUUUGGGUAUAUUAUAUUACAUAUACAUGGGCAUGCUGGCUGUGUUUUGUACAAAUGCUAUCAAUAUUAUGGCUGGAAUAAAUGGUGUUGAAGUUGGUCAAUCAUGUGUUAUCACAUUGUCAGUCAUCAUAUUUAAUAUUAUUGAAUUACAUGGGGAUUGUUGGCGAGCUCAUCUAUUUUCUUUAUAUCUUCUUAUACCAUUUCUUGCUGUGUCUUCAGCUUUGCUUUAUUUUAACUGGUAUCCUUCAAGUGUUUUUGUUGGUGAUACAUACUGCUAUUUUGCUGGUAUGACGUUUGCUGUCGUGGGAAUUCUUGGUCAUUUUAGUAAAACUUUGCUGUUAUUUUUCAUUCCACAAGUCUUAAAUUUUCUUUAUUCUUUACCACAAUUAUUUCAUAUCAUUCCAUGUCCAAGGCACAGACUACCAAAGUUGAAUCCAGAAAGUGGCCUUCAUUUUACUAGCAAAUCUAGCUUCAAAGAAGCAGAUCUUAAUUUCUUUGGCAAGGCCAUUCUCAAUUUAUUAGAAAUAUUUCAUUUGGUUGACGUAAAGCGAAAUGUUGGUGAAGAUGGGAAUUUUAUGGAAUUGAAUAAUUUGACCCUAAUCAACUUUGUUCUCCGACUGGCUGGACCAACAAAUGAAAAAAUACUCACAAUAUAUAUUCUAGUAAUUCAGACUGUGUGUAGCUUUGUUGCCUUUCUCAUUCGUUAUCAGCUAGCAAAGUUUUUUUACGACGUUUAAGCUGUUCAUCAAGAUACGAGAGAUCAAGGUCUUAUGUAGCUAGAUCAUAAACACAAGAAAUUUGACUGAAAAUUGCCACUGAAGAAUUUUGAUCAACUUCUAUUUAUAGUCCUCUUUCUUUAUAAUUUAGUAACAAUUCAAUUCAUUAGUUUGGUACUUUUUUACCAAAUACGUGUGAUGGAUUUUGUCCUUGCUUACAUUUUAUCAAAUUUUCAUCCAUGACUGUAUAGUAAACUGGGAAUUUAGUGUUGUAGUUUAAUGUUUCGUGUUUCUUGAGUUUCGGGUUCCUUUUUUGGAAUUUCGAAAGACAGUUUUCCAUGUUCAGAAACACAAAAACGAUUGUUUCCUUAUUCAUUGCAGUCAUUUUACUGUUUACGGUUGA